CUGCAAAUUCAAGCUCAGUUUAGGAAGGAGUUCUUAGAGAAAUACAAAGACAACAGUAGAGAAAAAAAUCAAAACAAAACAAAAAACAAAAAAAAAGAAAGAAACAAGACUCUGUUUUCAAAAGCUACAAUACUGAACCUAGCACAGCUCCCAGCCAAUUUACAAAAACCUGACAUUAAAAUCCUAAUUACCAUAAAUCU